AUGAAUGGGGACACAUUUCGUGAGUGGAUGGAGGGUAUUCUACCUCGCUUAAAACUAAAUUCCGUUAUUGUAGUGGACAACGCUUCCUACCAUUCAGUUAAGAUGGACAAAGCCCCAAUUUCAAAUACAAGAAAGGCGGACAUUAUUAAGUGUGGAACCUUUUGGUGGCCAUCCCCAGACCCCCACCGACCAUGUCGUCAAAUUUUAUUUGAUGUACAAUAUGGUGAUUCUGAAAUUAAAAGAUUAGCCACUGUGUUUCAAGUUGAUGCAAGAUCUGCGAUAAAUGGAUUUCAUGAACUUAAAGAUCUUUUAGAUAGUUCAACUGUUUUAGACUUAAGACCAUUAUUAACUACAGUUAAAACUGUAGCAAUAUCGUCUAGUGAAUGCGGAAGAGCUUUCAGGUCACCAGUCCACAUGUUUGUACCUGAGUCUUAUGUUGUAUCAUGGAUACAAGAGGGUAAACGAUGUGCUGAUGAAGUUAACUGUCCUAAGCUACAAAAUAAUGAAGAUAAUAAUCAUUCACAUGUAGAACUAUGA